AAAUGUCCCAGUUACCUCUAAUGCAGCAUGCGCGAACAUCUUUGUUGUGAAUUUGAUUGGUAGAUGAGUUAAAAUACUUCCUGUAAACAUUGCACCUGAUUGGUUUGUUGCCUUGUAACACCCGGAAACUGUCCGUCUUCGUUCACCGGCUUGUUGUUGGUAAAAUGGCAGAGGUCAGCCAGAGGCUCGGGACCGGAGCCUACCGUCUGGUGACAAUAGGUCCCGGCCAGGCUCUUCCGCUGCGUCCCAUAAAACCUAACGGACUUCUCCCGAUAAACGGCACCUGCACCCAGGCACACUUUACCGAAGAAUGUGUCCAGCUAUUAAAAGGAAGAGCACUUCAGCGCAGUUCUGAGAAACUUAACAGAGUAAGACAAACUGAAACUCAUGAGAAAAAAAUGACUUUUCUUGGCUGCGCUUCUUUUAACACACAUUUAGCUCGUUUAUUGUGGCUUCCGGACGCCAGAAAGAGCCAAACAAUCACCAAAACAAACCUGAUCCCGACUGGACGCCGUUAUGAGAAGCUGUACUCAUGCGUGAAGCCCAUCUGGACCAGUAGGGCUGUUUCAAUCCACCCCCACACCUGGUGGUCCCCACAGCAGCUCAGAACCUUUUGCACUGUUCUUCUCAUCCUCACAGAUGACAGAUCAGGGAGUGGAGCUUCACUGAAACACCCGAAGCUUCACCCUGGUGCCUUUAAAGCCUCUACAGCAGCUAGAAGUUACAGCAGGUGGUCAGAGGAGGCUCCUCUGCUGCACAAGAGUAAAACCGCCUAUUACGACAUCCUCAAAGUGUCCCCCAGUGCUACACAGUCACAGAUCAAGACGGCCUACUACAAGCAGUCCUUCAUCUACCACCCUGACAAGAACCUGGGCAGCGAAGAAGCCACGCAGCACUUCGCUAAGAUCAGCGAGGCUUACGCCGUGCUGGGCAACAUCAGUCUGAGGAAGAAGUAUGACCGAGGGAUCCUGAGCCAGUCUGACCUGCAGAGCCCAGUGAAGCCAUCCUCCAAAGAUGUAUCGAGCCGAGCCACAAGCUCCCAGCAGCAGCAAUAUCGUCAUCAAAGAGCCAGGCCGUUCUCCCAAACCGGUGGUGGGCCCAUGUUUGAUUUUGACGCCUUUUUUAAGGCUCACUACGGAGAGCAGCUUCAGAGGGAGAGGGACCUAAGAGUCAAGAGGAAGCAGAUGGAGGAAGAGCAGAAGAAGAGGCUGAAGGAGUACCAUGAGGAGAAGAUGCGGGAGCUCACUGCGUUGAUGCUGGCGACCAUGUCAGUGAUGAUCUUAAUCAGUCUGCUCAGCUCUUGACGCAGCAGACAGUGGCUGAUAUUUCUCGGAUGGAGGCGGAGGCUCAGGCUGCUCAGGUGUUGGAACAGUUUGCAGCAGGAGUUGAAACUCCAAGAAUUUUCAAACUGGAUCGUUGCGGUUUCUGAAGGAAACAUGCAGGCAUAAAAUCGAUGGUUCAUCUUUCAAGUCGGCAUUGAUGCAAAAUGGUUGAAUCCUUGAAAUCAAAAGGCUGACUGCAUAUGAAUGAGGAGGUGUUUCAGCUCAUUUCAGCUUUAAGCUGCUUGCAUUUUGAAAUCAUUUUCUUUUCUAUAGAUAAAAUGUGAAAACACCAGAGAAUCUGUCUUAUUAAUGGCCAAAGCAAACAACAAAAAAUACAGCUUUAAUUGUAGAAUUUCAACCAGCAGAAGCACUAAAUUAUUAUUCUCCUGUAAUAAUUUGUUGCUCCUUUUCUUUAAAGAAGCAACAAAUUAAAAAGUGGGGGACAAAAAGUAGUUCUGAAGAAUGUGUGCUGUUAAGUUACUUAAUAUUUAUUCAGAGACCAUAGUAAUAACCCUCACCGUGCUGAUUAUGCUCGUCACGUUGAGCAGCUUUCUGUGAUUGAACUUUAUAAAUGGUGGUCUUAGGAUAACAUGGUCAAAGUUUCUUCACCUAAAGCUCUCCCUCAUCAUUGUUUCAGACAGAAACAGGUACUUUGCAAACAAUAUUGUUUACUUUUUAUUUGCAUUCUCAGUUCUGAAGCCAGGCAGCUUUUGGCACCUUAAAGUGAUUGUUUUCUCUCCAAAUGAGGCCUAAAGAUGGAAAGAUGUUUGCUCUUUUUAAUGGUGAAUGAUUCAUAAGCUUUUAUUCCCCUUUACACUGAAUAUGUAAUAGGAAAAUAAAUACAUAUUACAUGUAAAGAGCAAAUGUAAACACCUGCUUGUUUCCUUAGGUGUGUAAAUGUAAAUACAUCUACGUACUGUACAGAAAUGAUGCCUCUGUAUGAUUAUCAACGUAUUAAAAUCUACAAAUAUUUUAAGGAG